AUAGUAAAAGUGUUUUUUGUUUUAGCUGUUUUAAGUAGGAUUAUUAGAUAUAUUAAUAUUGACCCUAUAAAAAGAAGUUUUUUUCUUAUCUUUUCACUACUUUUUAGUAUACCAGUUAUUUCAAUGAGAAUACAUAUUUGGUUUUCUUACUUUAUUUGUUUAUUAUUUUUAAGUGGUAUUUUUGUUAUUUUGGUAUAUUUUUCUAGUUUAUCUAAAAUUAAUGUAGUGAAAAGUUAUAUAGCUGUGUUUUUACUUUUGUUAAGAAUGUUAUAUUUUUCUCCCACAGUAUUAACUUAUAGAAGAUAUUUAGGUUUAAGAGGUUUUUAUUAUAGUAUUUACUGGUUUAUUUUUUGUUUUAUUUUAGUAUGUUUAUUAUUUUUUAUAAAUUUUAGUAGUUAUUUUUUAAAUUUUUCAGGUGCUUUACGUAAAGUUUAA